UUACGCAUUGGAUGAGUUUGCGAGAAAAUUUGAUGAUGGAUGGUUCUUACCGUCAGAUCAAUGUGAAUACGUAGGCUUGGGAGGACAUAUACAAACUGGUGGUUAUGGGCAACUCACGAGGGGCUUUGAUCUUUUAAUAGAUUAUGUUGACGAGAUUAGGAUUAUAUCUUAUGACACAACCGAAGAAAAAUACACAACAAAUUGGGUUUAA